CCGCUUGAAAGCGGAAGUCCGGAAGACAUUCACAGGCUGGAACCUUGACUUUCUCAUCCAUCUCAGCUCUAUCACAGAUCUGCUUUGCUGUUUUCUUUUGGCGGUGGCAGUCUCUCUGGUGGUCAUUAUAAUAGCAGUUUACUGCCAACACAAACAAGAGCGUCGUAUGUAAGUUUUGUGGGAGGUUCACCAACUUUAUCAAAAAGUGCUGUAGGACCACUGGCCUCAUUCUAUACUUGAUCAUAUCAACAGCCUCAUUUCUCAACCAAAACAACCAUAGAACCAUUCCUAGCCCCAUAGGAUCCAUUAUCACCAAGAGCCCAUUUGCUACAGCUUUCAGUAAUAUUUAUCUACUGAGGAGAUCAUUGAGGCAUGGAGCCUGUGUCAGUCCCCGUGCUGGUUGCUGGACUUGUUGAUUGUGUAGCCCAGUUAAUAAGAGUAGCUGAAGAGCUUUUACAGCUGAUUUCACAAGAACAGGUUCCUUGUGUAGAGCAAAAUGAUAGAGCAGAAGAGGUAGAAAUGGAUGCAUCUCCUCCUGAGGAAGGUUCGCUCCCAGACCUUGCUGAGCUCUCAGACUUAGAGUCAAUACUUACACCAAGAGAAGAUGAAGACCUAAUCCUUGACAUAGAUCAAGCGAUGUUAGACAUAGAAGAUUUAUAUGAAGAUGUACUCUCCAGUAUAAACAAUGACCUAAGAAGUGGUUAAGAUCUAAUUUGCCCCCAGCAGCAUGUGAGAACUGAUCGUUUUUCUGUUUUAAAUAGAUUCUGAUUUUUCUGAGUAUUAACAAUGUUUGUUUUCUCCUAGUUCUGUACAUUUUCAUUACUAAUAGCUUAUAGAACAAGUAAUACUAGAUUUACUUCCAGUAGAAGCUGGUCUGUUUUCUUCUUUAUAUUUCUUUUAAAAGCUCCGACUUUAGCCAUAUGGCUUUUUA